UCAAAUUCAAAAUCUCCAUUCCAUCUCAAUAAUAAUCCAUAAAUCGAAAAUUUUCAUUUACCUUUCCAUUUCCGAUUUCUUCAAGCAUGGGACAAGCCACACCGGAACGCGGCGGCUCCACCUCCAUCUCCAUAUCCGGUGGUGGUUCUGUUCUGGCGACGCCUAGGCGAGCGGCGGCGACUUUGCUCAUCUCUUUAUCGACUCUGGUAGCGCUCUGUGCGAAGCAAGCGAACAGAGCAUCAAAAAAGCUUCAAACCAAACUGAAAUCGAAGCAAUUACCUCGAUUAGAGUUACGAUCACCGCAGCUCCGGCCGAAACGGUUUCUGAAGAACAUAAGCAACACGGCGAUCACGUUGAUUCAUAAGAAGAAGAAUAAGCACGGCGGCGGCAAUACAGAAGAGGAGUGGGGAGACGGCGGAGUCUGGCAGAAGGCGAUCUUGAUGGGGGAUAAGUGUGAGCCGUUGGAUUUCUCGGGCGUAAUUUAUUACGAUAGUAACGGGAAGCAGCUGAACGAAGUGCCUUUACGAUCGCCACGUGCCAGUCCGUUGCCUGCCUUUCUUGCAACCAGUCACCACCAGGUAUACUGAGUCGAACGGAGCUUCAGUAUCUUAACGUCACGCGCGGGUGAUUUCAGGUAGGUUACCAAAGCAUGUGAUUGGAUGAGAAUUGGGGAUGUGCCUUGGUUUUUAUUUUGGCCCCUUUUUUUUUUUUUUUUUUUUUUGCAAAUCUCUCUUUUGUAUAGUAUAUAGAGUGAAAGUAAUUUUGUUGAGUGUAUGUAAAAUAUACUAUGUUUUGUUCCAUCUAGUUCUUCUAGCUUGACCAUCUGAGCAUAUAUCAGAUCGUGAUAUCAACUCGGUCGAUAGUUUAAUCUCU